AGUCAUAAGAAACCACUCAAGCCGUGUUAAGAAAAUUACGUUUUAUUGAAUUAACUAACUGGUUUAACCGGUUCACGGUUUUUCUAGUUAGUGUAUUUCUAUGCUACAAGUCUCUUCCUCGGCGUUGUGUUAUGAGUACUUGGAUCAGUUAGCUUUAUGCUAACUCCGCAAUGGACCAUGUCCCUGGCUUUUGCCCGUCAGUGUCUUCUGAAGAAAACGGACCAGCCACCGACGAGAGCUCGUCGACGGACGAUGGACUUUGCGACGCGUUUGGCGACCUGGCUGCCCUCCCGGUCGAGGUCGGCGAGAGAAGACCGACGUGUUUACGGUGCCGUCGCCCUCAGAAGGUGUGUCUCUGUCCGUUUCUACCACCACAACCCCUGGAGGUGUCCACAUGUCUGUACGUAGUGCAGCAUCCUGCAGAGGAGAGCAGAGUUCUUCGCACAGUGCCGCUACUUGCUGCUUGUUUGCCACAAGGAAAAUGCAAUGUCAUAGUGGGAAGGAGGUUCAAUGAGGAAAAGCACCCAGAGCUGGCAGCGGUGUGUCGGGACAGCAGGACGCUGAUCCUGUACCCGGGUCCCAAAUCCCAGAACCUGGAGGAGUUGGUGCAAUACCAGGAAGUAGGAGCGGUGAAACAUAAUGUGAUCAUCAUAGACGGCACCUGGAGCCAGGCCAAAAACAUGUUCCUCAAAAACAGCCUCUUCCACCUGCCUAAACAGGUGCAGCUCAACAGGAAUCUUUCCAGUCAGUACGUGAUCCGUACACAACCCUCCAACAUCUGUCUGUCCACGCUAGAAUGCGCUGCUGUCGCCCUGUCCAUCCUGGAGCACAACGACGACAUCCAAGAGGUUCUGCUGAGGCCCCUGAAAGCCUUGUGCUCCUUCCAGCUGCAGCACGGCGCUCAGGUUCAUCACAGCAAGGAGCAUCUCCUGAAGAACGGCAUGUACGACAAACCCAUGCCCAAGAACAAGCGCAAGAUCAAGAGGAUGGAGAAGCUGGUCACCGACCACAACGUCUGCCCAAGAUGAGGGAGCGACUGAGCGGAGAAGCUCGAUCAUCUCUGUGCGUCUUUUACUUUUCUACGCUGCACAGGACUGUUCUCAUUGGAGCAGCAUGUGACGGCAUCAGGGCACACACACGGGAAACCACUGGACUUUUUUGGUUUUUUGGGGGGUUUUAUUUUAUAGAUAAUUGCUGGUAAAUGUAAUUUAUGGAUUUGUCCUUGAUUUAAAAAUAAUUAACGAAGUUUAAGUUGUAGUUUAAAUGUCAUGGUGUGACAAUAAAUCAGUUUUCGUUGUUUUAAAAACAAAUUACAUUUUAUAAACCCUAUGAUGGAUCUGUUUGGAUUGAUUUUACACAUCUGGAUGGGCUAAUGUUUUUAACAAAAUCUAUUCAGAUGUGUAACAAAAUAAAAAUGACUCUAAAGCUUGUGAUACUCCAAGAACCUACCACACCAACACAUUACAGCAGGAAGAAAAGGGAGAAUAGUACUAUUGGGGAUGAUGUGAGCUCUUUCCAAUAUACAGUGAGGUAAUAUUUAGCUGUAAGGUUUUUAAGAUAUUUUACAAGGAUUUUUAAAAAUUAGAUAUCACACAGAAGGAGUUAAAGUAAAUCCGAUGGGACACGGUCUUGUAUAAUAUAAUUAUGCAAUAAAAUGUACAUGUUCUAAUCUUAUUUUAGGUCUCAAAGUGUCAAUUUUGCCAUUUGGGUUUGCCUGUGCGCUUAGUACCACUUUUCGACUUGUUCAUGUUUACGGAUCAAUAUAUAGAUUGAAUUAUUAAGAUUUAAACAAGUUACCUCCUGUAAAGAAUAUUUAAACACAGUUUCAGCUUGCUAUGCUGCUCUUUGAAAGAAGCUCUGGGACACAUGAGGCAGCAAAGACUACAUUUCAAACAUUAAAUGGUAAAGUGUGAUUUUUCUUCCAAAUAUUAUUUACAGAAAUGUAGAAAUAAUUGCAUGGAUUGCUUUUCAGUGUAUAGAAAACAUGUAUGCAGCAGUGAGCCCUCAAAGGGAGCCAAAUCUGUACUGUAUGUGCUUAUAUAAUGAUAAAUAUAAUACUUUUACAUGUAUGAGUUACAUUUAUACAGCUGCAAAAAUGCAUGUUAUUCUCGGGCAUCUGGUUAAAUGCAUUUUAGGGGUAAAGGAAAGUCCCAUGUUGGCACAAUAUGUACCAUAUACAGAUUUUUUUUUUGUGUCUCCGUCUACAAUAUUCUUAAUGAAGAUUAAAUGGUAUGGUGACACAUGGCACAGUGCAGAAGAAAUAGAAAGAAUGUUAAAAUAAAGUACACACAUUAAGAAAAUAACAGUAGAUAAUUAACUGAAUACAUAUAAGAUAAUAAUGUAAUAAAGUGCUGCUCAUAUGCUUUG